UCUUUUAUAAUUGACGAAAAAAGUCAAAGUGUAAAAAUCAACUCUGUAUAUGAUAGAGCGAAUAUAACAGAAAAUACGAAUAUAAUAGUUUCUGAAAAACCAAACCAAACGUCUUCACAACCAAAUCCAACGGUUCGACGUCGCUAUACUCCUCUUGAGGUUCAAGAGGCAGCAAACCAAAUGAAGAAAGCAUUUAACAUGUUAAAGAAUGUAAUUAUCAAAAGAAUUAGGGACAAUGAAGAUGGUGACGAAUAUGAUCUAUUUAGUAAAAUGUUGGCAAAAAAAAUAAGGAAACUGCCGGAACAUGAACGAAAUGUAUUUACGUAUGAGAUCGAAGGUAUAUACAUCAAUAAACUACGUAAAAUAAACUCUUUCUCUACUCAUUCAAUUACCUCAUCUACUGAAAAAUUUGAUCCACCAUUUACAACCUAUUCUACACCUACAUAUCAAAGCAGACCCCCCUCUAACUUGUCAGCAUAUUCCGAAUCGAUAUGUCCGACUAAUUCAUCAAAUUUCGAUCAAUCGCAUUUGAAUAAAAAUAUACUUAACGAUAAACAAAAAACACAUAUAAAAUCUGAAAAUUAUAAUCAUCGCCCUAAUGAAGAAAACAUUAAAAUGGAGCUUUUUCAAUGA